AUGACCUCCCACAGCACAGCCGACCUCCAGCGCUACCUUGAAGUUGCUCUCAAGGCGGCCGACGCCGCAGGUCUGCUCGUGAAGGAGCGAUUCCAUAGCGCGCAAGACAAGCUGGUGCAGGAAAAGAGCGCGGUUGACCUCGUCACCGAAGUCGACGUCGCUGCCGAGAAGACGAUCAUCGGAAUGCUGAAGGAGGCCUUCCCGGAGCACUGCUUCCUGGGCGAGGAGAGUGGCGGCUCGGCCGGCGAGGAGCGCCUGUCGGACGAGCCCACGUGGAUCAUCGACCCCAUCGACGGCACCACCAACUUCGUGCACACGUAUCCGUUCGUGGCCGUGUGCAUUGGUUUGGCGAUCAACAAGCAGACCGUCGUCGGCGUCGUCUACAACCCCGUGCUCGAGGAGAAGUACACAGCGAUCCGUGGCGGUGGUGCGUUCCUGAACGGCAAGCCCAUUAGCGUCUCCAGCGCCCCCGAGAUCGGCCAGGCGGUGGUGUCCACCAACAUCGGCUACGGCCGCUCGCGCGAGGUGACCGACUUCAUGCUGGGCAACGUGCGCGUCCUCCUCGAGCACAACGUGCGCGGUCUUCGCAUGACCGGCUCUGCGGCCACCCUGAUGUGCGACGUGGCGAUGGGCCGUCUGGACUGCUACUUCGAGUGGGGCGUGCACGCGUGGGACGUGUCGGCGGCGUCGAUCAUCAUCGAGGAGGCCGGCGGCGUGUGCAUCUCGCCCACCGCCACGUCGGCCGUCACCGACCAGCUGAACCUCACCGCCAGGUCGAUGCUGUGCGGCCCCAAGGCCAUCGUCGAGGCCCUCUUCCCGAUCCUCAACAAGGGCUGGAGCGCCGAAUGGAAAUGA